AUGCCUGGGCUUCAGCUGCCGCGCGCGGCCUUUGAGCCCAUCUCGCCGGAUCUUGAUUUUACAGAACUGAUUGAAUCCACGCCUAAUUUCAUGCCGGUAACGCGAAUUCCUGCCCACGCGAUCGAAGAACAAGGGAUCGAGGAUUUUGAGAAGUUGGUGAAGUUACAUGUCAUUCAAGCGGGGAAGCCUCUGGUUGUAGAGGGCUAUGGGAGUAAGCUGGAGAAAUGGAUCUUUUCCCCACGCUGGCUCAAAGACAACCACGGAAGCAAAGUCGAAUUCGCAAGAGAUCUCACACAUAAGACAAAUGUACCGCUAACUAUUCAGCACUACCUUUCUAGCAUGGGCGGCCUUACUGACCAAUUUGACGCAACAAAUUACAAAGACCCCAGCCGGCAACGCAUGUAUCUGAAAGAUAUCGAUUGCCCUCCAGUCUGGCAUGAGAAACUACGAUCACUCCUUCCACCGUUUCUUUAUUACAUGAAUGGGUCUGUUGGGGGUAAAGAGGGAGAGGUGGCUGCUGCUGGUGACUUGAUGAGUAGCCUCCCCGAAGAGAUGAGGGCAAUGAACAUGAUGUGCUAUAUUGGUCAUGAGGGUACCUACACCCCUGCUCACCGGGAGAUGUGCGCUACACUUGGGCACAAUAUCAUGGUCGAAGCUUCAACUGGUGGAUUAGAAGACGGAAAACCGACAAAACCGGGGUCCUCAAUCUGGUUCAUGACGGAAAAAAAAGACCUUAAGGUUGUCUCAGAGUAUUGGCUGUCAACGUUAGGACACGAUAUUGAAAUCGAGGACCACUUUGCGCAAAUAAAUGCCUGGAAGUCUGCGCCUUUCAAGACUUGGGUUGUGGAACAGAAAGUCGGUGACUUCAUUUUAAUUCCUCCACUUGCGCCUCAUCAGGUCUGGAAUAGGGGCACUCGUACGAUGAAAGUUGCAUGGAAUAGGACGACUGCCGAAACACUCGAUCUUGCUCUGACUGAAGCGCUACCCCGGGCUAGAAUGGUGUGCAGAGACGAACAGUACAAGAACAAGGCAAUCAUUUACUUUUCCCUCAAGAAAUAUUCGGGUCUCCUCGAAAGGGCAACUAGUCGUGACAAAUUAAGAUACCGCAACCUACAGACCGACAUUAAACGUCUAUUUGCGUUAUUCACCCAGAUUCUUUUAUCUGAAAGUUUUUCUACACGUAUACCGGAGCCCAAAAACGUCGAGUUGAUUCCGUUUUCAAGCAACAUCACUUGUUCAUAUUGUCGGUGCAAUAUCUUCAACAGAUUUCUUACCUGCCCCUCGUGCAUUGGUAAAUUCCCGGAUGGCGAAGAUGACACUUAUGACAUUUGCAUGGAUUGCUUUGUGAUGGGUCGAAGCUGUGCUUGCAUUUCUAAGUUGAGAUGGGUGGAGCAAUUUCGUUGGAAAGAUCUUACUCGGGACCAUGAACGCUGGAGGAACCAGAUCGCCAAGCUCCCUAUACCGAAAAGCCGCAAGCGUGAUACGGAAGUUUUUGAGCCUCUUUCGGUUGAGCAGGAGAAAUAUGAAAAAAAGACGCUGGCAGAAAUAUGCCAAGUGGAAUUGAAACGCCGGCCGUGGACAGACAUCAAAAAACCGGUCAAAGAUAAUGUUGACGACGAUGAUGAAGACCACAGGGAUUCAAAUAGAAAACGUCGAAAAAUAACCAAAGCUGAUAAACAUAAGUAUAGUCGAUGCCACAUUUGUGGCCCGACAUUGAACUGGAAGCUCGAGACAUGUUCCCAAUGCAAUUUGCACUGGUGUUAUGGCAGUUUGUACAGAGCAUUCGAUAUUAUGCCAAUGACAGUGCUGGAAGUACGGAGCUGGAAAUGCCCGAGAUGCGAAAGGAUAUGUCCAUGUGCUAAUUGCAAGCGCCGCGACCCAACAAUUGAAGGAUAUGUACCAACUGAGACCCGAAUUGGCCAUGAUACCAAGAAAAUUGCUGAUAUCAGAAGCGUGGAGUCGCUGGUGGAUUUUAGUCACUCCAACCUAUUUUGGCUCAAGAAAUCAGGCGAGCAUCCUGAAACAUCACAGGAUAGCCGAAGAAUGCAACUGAGGAUAGAAGAAGCAGAAAAGGCUAAAUUGGAUGAACCCGUUUUAGAUGAUCAUGACUCUGACGACGGCGAGGUGAGGCCGGAAGGAGAUCAAAACAAUGACAUCAACUUGGAUGAAAGUCUCAUAGAUCCGGCCCUUAUGGGCAUAGGCCGACAAACAAGCUUUGUUGUCCCCCAAAAUGCAGUUUUUCGAGAAGACAUGGCUGAUCGUUAUCAACCUACCGAGGGCAUUACAUUUGAAUACCCCGAGCCGGAGCAACCAGCAGAACAGAAUAAACCCCAAGAAUUUCCUGUUGACCCGAACCUCUUUCAAACUAACGGACAGGCACCAGAAGCAGUUAAUGGGGGCGAAAUGGAUGAAGAUGAACCCGAAGAUCUUCCUGUAGACCCACGGCUGGACGAUGGUGCUGGCAGUAGACGAAAACGAGGGAUUGAAAUCGAUGACGAUUUUACUCUUUCUCGACGAUCUAUUUCUCGUAUCAAUGUUUCUGGGACGAGAAAGGUUGCGACAAGACGGAGUCAACCGAAUCCCAUGCGGCCAGAUGAGCUUGAGGGAUCUGGUAGUGAUCAAAGCGAAGGUGAAGAUAUGGCUGAGAAACAAACUUCACAGGCUAUGUUACGCCCUCGAAGCUCGCGACCUGCAAAGAAGACCGUCAAGAAGUCGGUAGCAGCCAAAACCUUGAAAUCCAAAGCUGCGCCCCCCACUAAGAUAACUGGCGAAGUAAGUCAAACAGAGGAGAUGGGUGAGUCAAUACCCGCCGCGCAGCCGGAACCCAAGUCACCGCUGGAACCUAUACCCGAGAUGAAUGGUUCAGCUAAGCAGACUACAAAAACCAAAACGGCCAAACUUCAGGCGAUGGGCUGGGUAGAGGAUGAUGAUAAUGAUGGAUGGGCAUAA